GGUGGUGGUGAUGGUGGUGGAUGCGCGAGGCAAGCUCGCGAGUAAGGAAACGUCAGAUUCGGAGAACGCGUCCUCUCGAAAGCUGACAGCGUGACGAUUAAUUUCCGAUCGCGAUCACGAUACGGAGAACGUUGGAGAACGCGCCCGUCCUUCCGUCCGUCCGUCCGUCGGCGAGCGUCGGCUCGCCUGCAGGAAAGAGAGGAUCGAAAUCGGGAAUAUUCCCGGUGAAUCGGAGCACGUACGCUCAUUGAUCCGGAGUCGCAGUCGCGGCUGUCAGUCGGAGCCUAGCCGAGCUGAGUUGUGUCCGAUGCGGAGCGCGGUUUCGGGCCGAAGAGAGCGCACGGGACGUGCUCCUUCCUUCCUCGCCUCCUCGGUGGAAUGCCCCUCCUCGAGCGCCCGCCCUGUCAGGACGUCAGCUGGAACUUGCGUGGAACGUCCUGGUUGCGCGAUGUGCCGCCGCUGCAGCUUCUAGUCCGUCGCCGCGCUCCGACCGACGACGGCGGCAGCAGACGACGGGAGGUACGGAGGAGCGGCGAUCGUUAGACUUUUACUCGUCACACCGUUACACCGCGACACUCGCGACGUGGUGCAAUCCGCCGCGCUCGCCCGCCCGCUCGCCCUACACGGAGGAAGCCUCCGGUCCUUGCCUUGCUCUGCCACGCAUAAGGGAGACACACAUCCGCUCGAGUACGCCCCAUCGUCAACAGGCGGGAGAGAGCUGCACGCGGUUUCAGCGCAUAUCUUAUCAACGGGAAGGUCGAAGACGUCGUGUUCCGGUCCGAUUAUCGAAUGUGGUGCACGCAUUUGGCGGCUACGGAAACGACAGCGGUAGCAUCAUCUGUGCUGGAGACAGCAGUCGAGAACUCGAGCGAUCUGGCAGGUGAGAGGGCAUAUUGCAUGAGCAGGGGAGACUGCCGGUGAUGGACAAUGAGCAACCGCACCAGGAACUGGUCAAGUGCGUGGUCGUGGGUGACACGGCAGUCGGAAAGACCAGACUGAUCUGCGCCAGGGCCUGCAACAAGCACGUGUCACUGUCACAGCUCCUGACUACUCACGUACCCACGGUCUGGGCUAUCGAUCAAUAUCGAAUUUACAAGGAUGUAUUGGAGCGAUCUUGGGAGGUAGUAGACAAUGUAAACGUGUCGCUACGUCUCUGGGACACAUUUGGCGAUCACGAGAAGGAUCGACGGUUCGCAUACGGCAGGUCCGACGUCGUGUUACUAUGUUUCUCCAUAACCAACCCCGUUUCCUUGCGAAACUGCAAGGUGAUGUGGUACCCAGAGAUAAGGAGGUUCUGCCCGCAGACACCGGUCCUAUUGGUCGGAUGCAAAAACGAUCUUCGGUACAUGUACCGAGACGAAACUUAUCUCAGUUACUUCCGCGACCGCAGUCCCUUCGUAAGGGCUACGAGAAAAAGCGAUCUGGUGAUGCCGGAUCAGGCACGGGCGGUAGCGCGAGAACUCGGCGUGUGCUAUUACGAGACAAGCGUUUUCACUUAUUACGGCGUGAACGAGGUGUUCGAGAAUUCGAUACGCGCCGCCCUGAUCGCGCGUCGUCAGCAGCGUUUCUGGAUGACGAACUUGAAAAGGGUUCAAAGACCCUUGUUACAGGCGCCAUUCUGUCCACCGAAACCAGUACCGCCGAAGGUAUGCCUGGCUGCCAGUACCUAUGAGGAGAACAUGAAGAGCCUGUGGACAAGGCCGGUUCACACGGAUGUCACCCUGAUAACGAGUAAUUGCACGUUCUCGGCUCACCGGUGCUUGCUCGCCGCUGCCUCGCCGGCGUUUCACCGGCUCUUCUCAAUGGAACUCUCCCAGGAACUCACGCCGCGCAGUUCCAGCGAGUCCAGCAUGGUGAGCACUUUCGGCGAGGCCACCGUCGGUGACUUCAACGACGAUACCGAGUGCCUAAUUCGUAUCGAUCAAAGCAAACCCGCAAAAGUCUGGGAGCAACUUAAGCGAAGAUCAAGUUUUCAAGUACUGCCGACGGUGGAUAAUCAGAGGAAGAGCAACGGCGCGACGAGGGAGCUAAAUCAUCCUGCCUUCCAAAAUAUUCGUAUCUGUCUGACUGAGAAUGCGAACGGAAUGCAGCAGCCCAUGACCGUGAUCACGCUGUCGAAGUUGAUCACGCCGCAGGCGAUGCAACAGUGCUUGCAAUUUAUUUACACGGGCAGCUUGGACAAACGGUAUCACGAUCUACAAACAGCUCCUAUCGGGCUUCUACUGGAGAUCAGACAGGCGGCCGAAUUCCUCGAGCUACCACAAUUGCUCAUGGUGCUCGGUAGCAUACAGACGCGGGAGCAGUUCGUCAAUAGCGAUCUCAAUAACCGGUACAAGCAGGUGGUUAGACAGCGUUUGGAAGAUAUCUGUUUGGAGCAAGGUCUUUUCGCUGAUGUGAUGUUUGAGUUGGAUGAUGGCAGCGUACCGGCUCACAAAGCGAUUCUCACUGCCCGAUGCGAUGUGAUGAAAGCCAUGUUCUCUGGCGAUUUUCGCGAAAGCAGCGCAAAAGUCAUAGUCUUUCCUGGGGUUCGGCAGUACACAUUCCAUAAGUUACUCUGCUAUCUUUACACGGACGAGGUGCCGGCGAUCUCCUCGGCCAGAUGCCUGAACCUCUUGGAACUAGCCAACAGGCUCUGCCUUCAACGAUUGGUGAACUUAGUCGAGAGCAGAGUGAUCGAGGAUCUUGAGCGGCUUUCGCAAAACGAGGGGAAUGACGCCGUGGAAAACUGCCUGAGGCUGUUGGAGCCGUGCAAGCUGCAUAAUGCCGAUCAGCUGGCCGACUGGUGCAUGAAUCAUCUCUGCGUUAACUAUAACAAACUGUGCAAAAUGUCGCCUCGCAGCGUGCGGCUGCUUCACCCGGAGAACCAGGAAUAUUUAAAUGAACACCGGUGGCCGCCGGUCUGGUACUUGAAGGACUACGAUUACUAUCAGAAGUGUCUGGCGGAGCAGGUACGCGAGAACAAGCCGACGUUGAAGCGGAAUCGCAAUCAGUCUGGCUGCUUGUGUUUCUCGGGCUCGAGCAAAACCAGGCGGGAGGGUAACAACGGGAACGGCAACGGCACAAAGUCGACGACGUCGAGCGAGACGCCGGCGGAUCGGCCGCUCUUCGACGCCUCGACCGAGUCCGGUGAGCAAGCCGUAUGACAGGAACCAAGCGGCCCCAGCCGCUCCGUCAGAUUCAUCCUGGUCCUACCUGUGCUCAUGGUCUUCAUAUGCACUAUUUUUACCAUUUUGAUACUGCUACAGAUUUAUACUUAAGCGGACUGCAAGACACCAAAGAGACUACGCGUAAACGCACGAAAAAUACACAUAGAAAAAAUAUAUAUAAAUUAUAUUUAUUAUAUAUAUAAAUAAAAAUAUAUAAUAUACAUUAUAAUAUUUUUAUUUCUAUAUAUAAUAUGUAUAGAAAUAAAAAAAUACACAAAAACAAGCAUAUGGAUAAAUAUGAGACACACACAUACACACGUACACACACGUACACGCAAACACGCAAUGAUCACGCGACAAAAGCCAAUUUAGGGCUAGCUAGGGGAUGCAUUCGAUUUUAGCUCGUCGAGGUCGAGUCUUGAGUCCUACUCCCUAUCUCGUAUGUGAUUUCUCUUUUUUCUAACGGAGCCACACACUCCGUGCAUUUUUAAAAAGCCCGAUGCCGUUGAUCACCGGGUGUCAUCGCGAGCGUCCGCGAAUUUUUCGUACGUGGACCUGCGGACUUUGCGAUGCAGCUCACAUAUAUACUUUUAUCUUCCGCAAGUAAAACGAGAACUGUGUGUUUCGAGGGGAAACUUUGUACUUUCUCUAUUGCGCGUUGAUAUUCCGGGAUGUAUACAUUCAGAGACAAAAUUGUGUGGAUGCUGAUGAGAAUAAAGAUCAACUCACUUUCGUUUAAUCGAUUCGUAUUUUUCCUUAUCAAAAUAGCGAUUGGUGCGAAUAAACAUAUCCAUAAGUAAUCAUUUCACGUACAUGUACAAACUUCUCAAAGAAAUGGCAAUCUAUAGGAAAAAAAUAGAAAAGCGAAA